AACAAGCACACGCACAAGAAACCCACGGGCGUUUUUGAACUCGCUGCAACUUACCAAGAACGCUCUGGUGGAGUCUUAUUUUGGCAAAUAAGACAAGAAGAAAAUCUAGGGAGUAAAAUGGUCCUAGGCUCGGUGGAAUUUGCCAGACUGCAGAAUUUUGUUCCUAUAGAUGUUUAUAAUGAUCUCCAGUAUGCAAGAGCACGGAACUCGCUCCUGGAUUAUGAACUACAUGAAAUUAAAAGACAGGUGGAGUGUGAUGAAAUAGAUGACACCUACAAGACCCUUCUACUCUGCCUUCUAACUAAGGUUGACACAGUUGAAGGAUCUAAGAAACGGAAAGAGAAAGAAGCUGUCAACGAGCACAAUGAUGACUCCACUGAGGAGGAGAAUGAUCCUCAAUAUGAGCUUUUCUUAAAGCAUUUGAAGGAGCAUAACAAGUCUUAUGUACUUGAAUAUGAGAAAGACUCUUCACCUGCGGUCAUUAAAUACAAUGGAGAUACAGACUCAGAUGAAGACUCUGAUCAAGAACCUAGAAGGGUGACCAGAAGUAUAAAACAGAAAAAUCAGAUGCUCGGUGUGGAGAAUCUGACUAAGCAUGAUCAAGUGUCUAAUUUAGUUAAGAAGAGCAAGGAACGAAGUAGGAGUCAAUUAAUGAAUGAGGCUGACCAUGUAGACAUCGCGAAAGACUUUUCUAAUAAUGUCGUGCCGGAUCCUGAAGAUCUUCAUAUCCAACACAAGGUCGAACUUGAGCAUGAUCAUAAUGUCUAUAAAGGUAGCAGUCGUACUUUACUAAAUCAGAUGCCUGAUAUGAAAAGUUGGCAAAAGCAUGAUCUGCAUGCUACUUCAGUUAAGAAGAACAAGCACCAGACUCGGAGAAAAUCAAAGAAUGAGGCAGCCAAGGUAGAGAACGUGAAGGGGUCACCUUACAGUAUGGUGCCUGAUCCUGAAUAUCUUCAUCUCCAUCAAAAUGUUGAGCAAGAGGAUGAAAACUUGCAUGAGGGAAAUCCUUUAUUAAUAGAGAGGAAAUAUGGAGUAAAUUAUCUGAAGAAACAGGAUGACAGGAAGUUGAAGGGAACUAUGAAACAGAAAAUCAGCAGUUUAAAUCAGAUGCCUGGUGAGAAGAAUCGGCGUAAGCAUGGUCUGCAGUUUGAUUCGGUUAGAAAGACGUUGGCUCAGAGAAAAUCAAGGAAUCAGGCUUACAAGGUAGAGAACGAGAAAGGUUCACCCAAUGAUAUGGUGCAGGAUUCUGAAUAUCUUCUCCAUAAAAAUGUCAAACUUGAGGAUAAUAAUUAUGUCCAUAUGCAUAAGGGCGAUACUGCAGUAAAUGAGAAGAGGCCAGAGCACCGGAAAUUGACUAGAGAUAUGGAACAAAAAGUUGGACCAUCAAACCAGAUGCCCAUUGCGAACAAUCAGCGCAAGCAUGAGGCACAGACGACUUCAGCUAAGAAAACCAGGAGGUUGACUCUGCAAAAUCCAAGGAACUGGACUGAAAAAGUGGACAUUACUUCAGCUAAGAAGGCCAGGAGGUUGACUCAGGAAAAAUCAAGGAAUUGGAUUGAAAAAGUAGAUAUUCCGAAGUACUUGCCUAGUAAAUUUAGGGAUCCCAAGGAUUGUAAAUGCUUAAUGGCAAAUAAAAACAUUGCUGGACAUAAUCUUGAAGAAGGCCAAGAUGACGUGGAAAUUCUAGAUAGUGCUGCAUUUAUUGAGGAAGGAAUCUCAAGCCCGUUUGUGGCUUCGAAGAAAUUUAGUACAAGUGUGGAAGGGAAAGGUAUCCAACGCCUUGGUAGAUCUAGUGCGUACGAUGAGUUUAGAAGACAGAUGUUGGAUGUUCUUAGAAAACCAUAUGACAAGGAGGAAUACGCGGACCAUCAAGCGAGAGUCCGAGCUGGGUCCUAUCUUGAUUACCAUCCAGAUGUUGCGAAAAAGCUCAAAAAGCACCGAUACAACCGAAGGAAACGCUUGGCCAUCUUACGUGGAUUUUUCUUUUGGCUUCAGCAUUUGACUCGAGAAGGAGCAUUCAAACCAUGGAAAGACGGCGAAUGCCUUGCAGUGGAGCCAGAGGAUCUCCGUGAAACUUCCUCCCCGGAAUUCUGAGAUAUGUCUGGAUCAUUGUAGUAAGCUGGCAAGAUCAUAUGUUGCGAUAUACUUAUUUGGGACAGCCGUAUUACGUUAGAGUAAAUAUUAUGACUUAUACAAUGACAUCGGAUGAGAUAACAAUACCUUCAUAAUGUUUGGAUUCGUUUACUGAGUGUUUUGUUGUGUUUUGUGGAGAUAGAGCAAG